AUGGAGGUAAGGCUAGCACUAAUUCUCUUGUCUAGUUGUGAUUCUCCAGGAUUCCAUCAAGAAAAGAAUAACCUUCNUUCUCCUUCCAAAGGGCACAGGCACAACCAUCACUGGCAACCCGCUCUGUCUCGUAUGAAGAAUGGGCAACGGGCAUUCCUGGAACAACUGGGACUGGAAAGGCAGUCAACUCACUCCGCAUUACCUCGGGUCAUUGGUCACAAUCGAGUCAACUCUACUCACUGGUCUAUGGAAACUAGCCCCUCUGUCCCUUUCCCUUCUCAAGCUAAGCAAUCGAAAUCGAAAGAUCAGGUCAGCUUUGCUUUCCGAAGUCCGCUCUCGUCUGCCUGGUCACUAUCCCCUCUUCGGUCUAUGAUCACUGCAAUAAGCGUCGAGAGAACAGAUGCUAUUAAAGAGCUAGAAGCUCGUAACUCGUUCCACUCAUAUAAAGCGGAACGUUCCCGCUUCUCUCGAAGCUUCCCCUUCGACGUGCGGGCUAUAUUAGCUUUGCAAGUGAGACAGCUUGUUGAAUCAUUUGUCAGCUCUGACCUUUGUCCCGCUUGCCACAAGCAACAGGCACCCUUUUCGGCACAAUCAAAGGCAACAGGAGUAGUAGUAGGUCAUCCCCAAGCCAAGCUCUCCCACGUUCCGAACAUGAGACUUCUAGAACUCGAUGCCCCAUCGUUCGUACCCGGUCACGACUCUCACCUGGAUUCCCAUUUGGUUGAUGAAGGCGCAGUGGAUUCCUUCUUUAAGGAAAUCAAAGGUGUUUUCUCUUCGACUCUACUGUUCUAUAUGGAUUUGGAAUAG